AUGGGGUCCAUGGCAGAUGGACAACGGCAAAACGUUGCGCUCACUGGGGCACGUGAAGGUCUUAUCAUUGUGAGACAUGCGGAGAUUGGUAAAUACUCUUCGGUGGCGGCGCAAUCUUGGGUCAAGCUUAGGAUUGAACGAGCCACCCCGACCCUUGCUACACCCGUCGAAUAUACACCACUUGAGGAAAGGGUCGACGAAGGACACGUCGAACAUGAUCUGAAUCAUUUAGCGAGGAUGCUGCCACACAAGGAUGAUACGCUUAUCAGGCUAAGACGAAAGUUACGGAAGUAUGAGGAUGGACUUUGA